AUGGGCCACGACAUAUACCGCGCGACGGAAUUCGAUAUCCUGCCCUUGGCAUCCGUCUCUGCUUACGUCCCUCCACAUCCAGUGGAAGCACAACUACUUGGACUCGUUCGGUCUCAUUUAAAUGGCGGAAACUUCUUGUUUUCGUAUACCUGGGAUCUGACUCGUCGACUGCAAGUUCAAUGGGACUCAAGGGAAGCGGACGCUGGCAAGGCCUUUUGGGAAGUUGUCGACGAUCGGUUCUUCUGGAACAGAUUUUUGCAGACGAAACUCAUAGAUCAGGCCACUACAAACCCUCAUGCUGCAUACGGCUCCUUCAUUCUCCCUAUCAUGUAUGGAACCUUCGACGUGCGCCCAACCUUUCUCCAUGGACGACACAUGUAUUUGGCUCUUAUUAGUCGUCGAUCACGAUUCCGCGCGGGGACGCGUUAUUUCCGUCGCGGUAUCGACCACAACGGACAUGUUGCCAACUUCAACGAGACUGAACAACUUUUACUAGUCGAGGGACAGACGUCGCCGGGUUCAGUGCGCAUCAGUGACGACAACUUCGCUACUAAAUUGAGCUUCGUGCAAAUUCGUGGAAGUGUGCCCGUCUUCUGGUCCGAAAUCAAUACUCUUCGAUACAAGCCUGAUUUGCAAAUCAUGGAGCUCCCACACACCGAUCAUGCCAUGCAAACACAUUUCACCGCUCUUACAAACACGUACGGAAAGCAGUAUCUUGUCAAUCUUGUGAAUCAGAAAGGCCACGAGAAACCUGUCAAAGAAGCUUAUGAACGUUUUGUUGCUCAGUUGGAUUUGCCCGACGUCAAAUACCAAUACUUCGAUUUCCAUGCUGAGUGCAAGAAUAUGCGAUGGGAUAGAAUUAGUGUUCUCAUCGACAAACUAAAAGACGAUAUCGAUAGAGAGGGGUACUUCCAGAUCAACAAUGAUGAUUCUGCCCCCAAAAAGGUGCAAACAGGCACUGUUCGCACCAAUUGCAUGGACAACCUUGAUCGUACAAAUGUCGUGCAGGCAGCGGUUGCCAAAUAUGUCUUGAACCAGCAGCUUAGAUCAUUAGGUAUCUUGUCUGCGGAUGACGGUGUCGAUGACUAUGAAGCCUUUAGCAAAGAAUUCAGAGAAAUGUGGGCCGAUCAUGCUGAUAAUAUCGCAAAAGCAUACGGUGGCUCUGGAGCCCUCAAGUCCGAUUUUACCAGAACAAAUAAGCGUACUAAAAUGGGUGCCUUAGAAGACGGAUAUAAGUCGGUUAUGAGAUAUCUGAAAAACAAUUUCUUCGAUGGCGCAAGACAAGAUGGUUUUGAUUUGGUCACCGGAACAUGGAUUCCCAGAAAGAAUCCAUCUUCUGCGUUGUUCCUGAUUACGGACCCCCGGCCUCUAAUUAUACGUUCCAUGCCUGCCAUUGCAUCGUUCUCCCUUUUUAUGAUAUGUGCGGGCUUGACACUUCCACGCACAUCAGAUUAUUCUCUCGUUUAUUACUUUAUGCUUUGGUUCUCGCUCUUCAGCAUGGCCAUCGUAUUCAUUCUUAUUCAUGGCAUUGACUACGUUUCGUGGCCUCGCCUCAACCCACUCACCGACAUCAUCUACUAUUCCGGUCCUGGACAUCGCUCUGGUCACCAUGGGAAGGGGUUGCAAGGGAUAUCUGAGCCAAGUUGGAAGAAAACCAAGUGGGUUUCUGGGGUUGGACGGAGGACGAAGUCGCUUGUGGAGGAGGUCGAGCUUGGCACUGUGAAGAAGAGAGUUGAUUAA